CUGGUUACAACAAUUUGGAGGUUGCAGAGUACCUGUUGCAGCAUGGAGCAGAUGUGAAUGCACAGGAUAAAGGAGGCUUGAUUCCUCUGCAUAAUGCAGCAUCUUAUGGGCAUGUUGAUGUAGCAGCUUUACUUAUAAAGUAUAACGCAUGUGUGAAUGCUACGGACAAAUGGGCGUUCACACCUCUGCAUGAAGCAGCCCAGAAAGGAAGGACGCAGCUUUGUGCCUUGUUAUUGGCACAUGGGGCUGAUCCUACUCUGAAAAACCAAGAAGGACAAACACCAUUGGACCUGGUCACUGCAGAUGAUGUCAGCGCAUUACUGACAGCGGCAAUGCCUCCUUCCGCCUUACCGACAUGCUACAAACCUCAGGUUAUAAGUGUGUCUCAGACUACAGGUUCUACAGCUGAUUCCCUGUCUUCUGUUCCAUCCAGUCCAUCCAGUCUGUCUGCUGCAAGUAGUCUUGACAACUUGUCUGGUAGUUUUUCUGAACUUUCUUCUGUUGUUGGUGCAAACAGUGCAGAGGGAGCCACUGUUCUGGAGAAAAAAGAAGUUUCAGGUGUAGAUUUUAGCAUAAAUCAGUUUGUGCGGAACCUUGGCCUUGAGCAUCUAAUUGACAUAUUUGAGAGAGAACAG